AAAACAAAAGGCAGGCAGGCAGGCAGGAAGCAUGGCAGACAGCAUGGCACACGAGGAGGGCUCUCCCAUGAAAGAGAGGCAGCGCAAACCCAAAUUCACCCCGGAUCAGAUCCAGCUGCUCAGACAGGACGUGCUGGCCCAUGCCUCCAAGCUGUAUGGGAAAAACAUCAGCCCAGUCCCAGAGAGGAAGAGGGUCUGGCAGGAGAUCACCAGACACAUCAACGAGCACAGCAAGACCAAGAGGAGCGUGAUCGAGGUGCAGAAGAGGUGGCAGGACGAGAGGAGGGGUAUAAAGAAGAGGGCGCAGGACCUCUGGAGGGUCCUCCUGGAGACAGGCCAGUCCCUGGGGGGCCUGACUCUGCAGGAAGAGGCCAUCCUGGGCACUCUGGAUGAGGCUGCCCUGGGGGACUUGGGAGGACCUGGCCUGUCCCACAGUGCACUGCAUGAACAGGCUGCUCCAGAGGACUAUGUGUGUGUGCGACUGGGCGAAGUGAAACAAGAGCCCAGUGAAUCAGGGGCAUCCACUCCCAGCAGGAGUGCGGGGGACUGGAAAUGUGAAUGGAGCAGCGAGGAGAACCCCCCAGAGCUGCUCUCCAGAUACCCGGAGCUCAACAGAGACCCCCCAGAGCUGCCCUCUAGAUACCCGGAGCUCAACAGAGACCCCCUAGAGCUACUCUCCAGCCACCCGGAGCUCAACAGAGACCUUCCGAAGCUACUCUCCAGACACCCGGGCACGCCCGGAAAGACAGCGCUGAAGCCUGAGCUGCCAUCCAGGAUCCAUACAGAGGCAGAAGAAGAAACCACAGCCAGCUGGGGGAACAGUCCACUCCUGAGAGACACUCAGCUGGCUCACAGCACUGGCAGCGUGCAGAGGAGAAGGAGGAGGAGGAAGAGGAGGCACGGAGCUGUCGUCCAGCUCAGCAUGGCCACAUCCCUCAGGAGAGUGGCAACCAGCUCAGAGUCUAUAAGAAGGGAACUGCGCUCCCUUUCUGCCAGUGUGGGGGCCUUUAGCAGACAGAUUGCAUCCCUGGCCGGUGCUGUAGCCUCUGUGGGCUCUACCAUUGCCUCUGCACUACAGAACACACAGGUCAUCCAUGCAGGUCCCUCCUCCCAGGGGCGGGGUUUAUCCCCUGGCCAAUCAGGCAGCUCAGAUCCCUGCCACGCCUCCCAGAACAGUCCUCGCAGUGGUGAUGCAGCCAACACACCAUGACAUCACAGCUAGGGUUAUCAUUCGAUUCCUUAGGGACCAGGGGUCUGGUUUUAUAAAGCUUGGAAGCUGUUGUUUAAAGUCUCCUGGACAGAAGGUUGAAAGCAGUUGAAAGUAAAUGACUGGCUGCAGUAGUGAAGUGGCAGAAUGUUUUGUAUGAUUUUGGUCAGUUGUUACCUCCAGGACUAGGUUCAGAAGUUCAGAAGGUCUUCUAUCUAAACUCAGUGGCUGUUGUAUAAGUGAAACGGAAACUCGUUUCAGACAGAUUUACUUUAGUCAGUGGAAAAGGCGUGCGUUUGAAAAGUUUGUCACUGGUGCUUUUGUUUUUU